AUGAGUUUUCGUAACGCUUCCACUAAUAGCAGGGCUCCGAAAAAGUCUUCACGGCGUAGGCUUGGUGCCGAUGGACACGGGAUACCUGGUAUUCCAGGUGGCACAGACGCAGAGGAUGACCGAGCAGCGCGUAUUCAGCAGAGGCAGCAUGAGUUGGAGGAAGUGUUGGAUCGUCACGACACCUUGGUCCGUGAAGCUUUUCACCUCGAGAAAUUCGGGUCUUUAGUGCGCUACGAUCCGAAGGUCGCGAAGGAAGACAAUUCUGCUGUUUUUCAGGAGUACAAGACUCGGUUUGACCUCUUAGAACAAUCCGCAGAAGCAGGUCCCUCUCGCCGUACUACGCGACGGGCGCACACAGAGCGUGUACAGCUUCUCAAGGGACCAGUUCCUGGUCCUUCUACCGCUUCGCAAGGCAGGCAGCUAAGAAAGGCGGAGACGUUGAAACAGCCCGACAACAUCUCUGUCUGGCCAGCACUAUCUGCAGUCAAGGGCAAGGGCAAACAAAAUGCUGAUAUUGAUGGACUGGUAACCACUGUGCAUUCAGAACGUGCCCGAAGGGGCAACGGGAAGGGGAAGUCAUCCGAUCAAUUCGCUCAUAGCAUGCCGGAGCUGCGUUCACAAGAAUCAUCUCAGACGAUUUCUGGUAGACGAUCUCUCAAACGUAGAGCGGAUGACAUCGUUUCCAGUGCUGCAAAUGGACAUCCUCGUCCACCCCUGGGGAAGAAACGGAAAGUCAUUCCAUCUAUAUCUUCCUCGAGCGCUGUGGAUCUGUAUCUGCCAGCUGAAACAGUUGACGACUUGGAGCAGCCCGAUAGAAUAACCGACAAUGGCAAGCUUUUCAUGCCUCCAAGUGAACCAUUGCCUACUGUACGUUCCAAACGUUCGUUUGGACGGGAACGUCAUGCGCAAGCGACCAAACAGAUUUUAUCUUCUCCAAACCUCCCCACUGCUGUCAUUUCAUCUCACCCUCCUUGGCCAGUAAAACUUGCGUUACCACGCAUCAAGUUGAUUGUACGGCGCCCACCACCAUCAUUGUCAUCCCCUCGUCAGCGGCCUUCACCACCUCAGUACGGGGAGUCCCUCACAUCGUUGUUAUCCUCUUACUCAAUGUGGGACAACAAAGACAUCGAGUUGGACAAACUGGAGCGGAUGGCACAGAACGACGCUGCGAUAUGGGGUCGAAUAGACGCACUCCGGCGCCAUGGCAGGUUACUUCUUCCCGCCGAGGACGUGGAUUUUUAUUUUUCGUCUGGUAGUCAACCCAAGCCUUCUGGUGGCGCUGGCACUCCAAAUAAGCCUACUGGUUUUGGUGACAUCUGGGCGCGCGUGAUCGAAGCUGUGGUAGAACGAUAUCGUUCAUCCCCGGUAAUUGGCCCGCAGGUUGCUUCUCAAGUGGCCAGCAAGAUUCGAGGGUAUUGGGACGGGCAAGCUGUGAAAGAGGACAAGGUCAAGCUACAGGAGGAGAAACGUCUCAGGGCUCUGGCCAAGGCUACUAUCAAAUUGGUUGUCGCAGAGUGGAAGAAAGCUGUGCACCAUGUUAGAGAGGAAGAACGACAUCAGCUUGAAGCCGAAGAGAAGAAACGCGGCGAUCAACAUCUCAGUGCCCUAGUUGACCAGUCUGGUUCAAUACUCAAGGCACAACAUCUCGACUUAAGCAAGGCAGUCUCUCGCAGUCGUUCCAGCAGUGUAUCAGGUGCUUUUGGACACCCAGCUUCUCCUGAGCCGCAGCCGAGCGACUCUGUUUCUAAAACAGACGAGGAUGAGAGUGCUCAAGACGAAUCGGAUGAUAGUGAAGACGAUGAUGGUAUUGGCUUGAGUUAUCUUGUCCAAGAUGCCCAGGACGCUCCUCCCAUCGGCAAGUCAGUGACGAGCAGUCGGUCCCCAUCUCCUGUGCCGACGAUAGGACAAGAGGAAGCCGACAUGCGAAGCGAGGGGGCUGCCAGCAGUCAGGGUGCUCUUGGGACUAGUCGAACGGCUUCACCGAGUUUGUCAUUUGGUCACAUCGAAGACGACGCAUCCGCAAACAUGCAGGUUACCGAAUCAAACACCGAAGACAUGUCCGAGCGUUCGAUGUCGGCAAUGCUGUCCUCAUAUCGAAGAUCUCCCAGCCCACAGCCCUUUCCUAGCGUUGUUCCACCGUUUGGCAUGUUCGAAGAUAUCUCUGAUAUAGCUUUUCCGGGGCAUCAUCCGGACAGUGCUCUUGCUACGAUGCAGUUACCUUCCAAGUCGCCUGCGCCGUCGAUUGUCUUCACGAUUCAGGACGAGUCCAUCAAAGAAGCACUGCCCGUAUGCCAAGAUGCCGAAAACCCUACGUCUCCCGAUGUGGAGUCCACGCCGACCCAUCUGGACGAGGCGUCUCGCUCCUCAACAGUGCAGCCCGAAGAAGGGACUGAGCUUUACAACAAGAAUCCUCGGUUUUCUGUACAGUCUGAUGUUGCAAUGGAGACCCAGGUAGAUGCUGAGGACCACGACGAGCAUGCGGCGCAUGAAGACAAUGCUGCCGAGGACAUGGAAGAGGACGUGUCAAUUCCUUUUUAUCUUCGACCGUUCGCCGUUACGCCUGUCGAGUGGGACACACAGUCAAAGAUCAAAGCGCCAUUCCUUCUUCGUGGAACCUUGCGGCCAUAUCAGCAAGCUGGUCUUGAAUGGCUGGCCAGUUUGCAUACUAAUAAUCUGAAUGGUAUCUUGGCUGACGAGAUGGGUCUAGGAAAGACUAUUCAAACCAUUGCGCUGUUGGCGCAUCUUGCUUGUGAUCGCGGCAUAUGGGGACCUCACUUAAUCAUUGUUCCUACCAGCGUGCUAUUAAAUUGGGAGAUGGAGUUUAAGAAGUUCUUACCCGGCUUCAAGAUUCUGAGCUACCACGGGAACACCAAACGUCGGAAGGAACUGCGACAGGGGUGGAAUAACAAAUACCACUUCAAUGUUUGCGUUACAUCAUACACCCUUGCCAGUCGAGACGCCCAUGUCUUCAAACGGAAGCACUGGUACUACAUGAUCCUUGAUGAAGCUCAUAUGAUCAAGAAUUUCAAGUCCCAGCGAUGGAACACGCUGCUGAUGUUCCGCUCUUUUCGUCGCCUGCUGCUGACUGGUACUCCCCUUCAGAAUAACCUCACCGAGUUGUGGGCUUUGCUUCAGUUCCUGAUGGCAGGCACUCACUUUGCUAAUUUGAAAGAGUUUGGCGAAUGGUUUUCCAAUCCUUUGGAGAGGGCGAUCGAAAUGGGGAACGUUAACGAAGAGACUCAGCAACGCGUCUCGAAACUGCAUACUGUGCUUCGGCCUUAUCUGCUUCGACGACUGAAGCGCGACGUGGAGAAAGAGCUACCCAGCAAGUUUGAACAUCUUGUCAUGUGUCCGUUAUCCAAGCGCCAGCGGUUUCUUUACGACGAGUUUAUGGCUCGCGCAGAUACAAGACACGAUCUACAAUCCGGCGUGUAUCAGAAAAUAGCCAACAUCCUGAUGCAGCUGAGGAAGGUUGUAAAUCAUCCGGAUCUCUUCGAAGUUCGUCCAAUCUUGACGUCAUUUGCGAUGGAGCGAUCUGCCAUCGCGGAUUUCGAAAUCAAGGCACUUUUUGUUCGUCGCGAAUUGCUCAAGUCCAGCGACGAAGAUCGAGUGAACCUCGAUGUUCUGGGAUUGCAAUUCGUUGACAAUCAGAACACCUCUCUCUUGGCGGCUGUUGAAACUCGCCGCCUGGAUGGUACACCUCACCUACCAAUGAUUACAGAAUUGCCAGGAGAACCACCUCCUUAUGAUACACGUACCAGCGCAGGUUACAAACGGUAUCGUACGUAUCAACUGCGCGCUGCCAAUAUUGCCAGGUGGAGUCAUAUUGGUUAUCUCAAUCUCCUCCGCUGUCAGCGUAUGCCGAUUUACAGUCAAGAACUGGUGAGGUGUGUGAAGCCCCUUCACGAGUCCUUGCCACCGUUGGCAGUAACUGUGACACCGUACUUGAAUACCGUCGACCGGAUUCACUCCGCUAUCAAGUCAUAUGCUUCCCGGGCGGAUGAGAUGGCUGGUAUCAUUGACAGGUUCGCGUUCGCCACCCCUGCGGUUGUCGCGCGGGAUCUUCCGGCUAUUGCCCUCUCUGGACUCGAGGGGCCUCUUCUGCGUACUUUGCAAGAUAUGAAUUUCGACGUUGUUCUCCACCGGGCUGCCGUGAAGCUUCAGAUUGCUUUCCCCGAUCCUUCCCUACUACAAUACGACUGCGGUAAGCUACAGGAACUUGCGCAACUGCUACGGGAACGCAAGGCUGGCGGUCACCGAAUCCUCAUCUUCACACAAAUGACCAGAAUUCUUGACAUCUUGGAGACCUUCCUCAAUCUGCAUGGCUAUCUGUACUUGCGCCUCGAUGGCGCAACGAAAAUCGAGGACAGGCAGUACAUAACGGAACGUUUCAACUCGGAUCAAAGAGUCUUCUGUUUUAUAUCCUCCUCGCGAUCUGGUGGUGUUGGAAUCAACCUUACAGGUGCAGAUACUGUCAUCUUCUAUGACAGCGAUUUCAAUCCCCAGAUGGAUCGUCAAUGUGAAGACAGGGCGCAUCGGAUUGGACAGAUCCGCGAUGUCCACAUCUACCGGUUUGUCUCUCGCCAUACAGUCGAGGAAGCGCUCCUCCGCAAAGCGAACCAGAAGCGCUCCCUAGACGAUCUGGUCAUCCAGAAGGGCGAAUUUGACUGGCGCUCACUGUUCUCGGAUGAAGUGGCGCUUACGAAGGCGUUGGGUGACGUCGAGGACACUGAGGACGCACAUGCUGCAGCCGUUGCUGCCAGGGAAGCAUUUGCACUGGAAGGAGCGGACGAGGCAGACUUCGAAGAUGGCGGUACAGCGAACAGAGCUAUCGAGACGGCGGAAACGGAGGCAGAGACUGCUGAGACCCAACAAGCAGAUGAUACUGUCGUGCUUGAGGAUGAUGAGGAUGCACAGGCUGUGGAAGAGGAAGUCGAGGAGGAAGGGGGCACUGUCGUCGAGUAUAUGGUUGCUUUCGUCCGUGCUGAUAUGGAGUACUUCCGUGAUCUAUGA